AGCGUGGAUGCCCAAGAACGUAUCAGUAAAAGGAAAAUGGCGCUUGACAGAGAACUCUACUUCUAAUUCUCUGCUCAACCCCCUCCUUCCAUUUCCAUACACCAUUUUCUCUAUCCACCAGUUGCCAACGAUGAAUUCCCAUUCUCUCACUGCACUCAACCAGCGCCUCUGCUCGAGCUCAAUUCCGCGCCGCCAAAACCCUAACGAGCACAGUAUUUCUCACUGCGUCGGGUUUUCUUCGACAUCCACGUCGAUACGAAGGCUUGCACCGCCGUCCUUCAAUGCAUCAGCCGGCGGCGCAGCUCCUUUUCGGCUCAAAAUCGGUGGUUCGGGGCUGAAUCGAUUGAGAUCGUCGUCAAAUGACGGUCAAUUUCUCGUUAGUGGAAGCUUGGAUGGAUCGCCGGAGCCGAGUUUUGUGGAGUUCAUCACUUCGGAGAGGGUGAAGGUAGUGGCCAUGCUUGCGCUGGCUUUGGCCCUCUGCAACGCCGAUCGCGUCGUCAUGUCGGUGGCUAUCGUUCCGCUUUCGCUGUCGCGCGGUUGGGGUCCGUCUUUUUCCGGUGUUGUUCAGUCAUCUUUUCUAUGGGGAUAUCUGAUAUCACCUAUAGCUGGAGGGACUCUGGUGGAUCAUUAUGGUGGUAAGGUGGUCAUGGCUUGGGGGGUAGCUCUGUGGUCUCUGGCUACUUUCCUUACUCCUUGGGCAGCAGAAUCAUCUUUAUUGGCUCUACUUGCAACACGGAUGAUGCUUGGUAUUGCAGAAGGUGUAGCCCUUCCUUGCAUGAAUAAUAUGAUAGCAAGAUGGUUUCCUCAAACCGAAAGGUCAAGGGCUGUGGGACUUGCAAUGGCUGGAUUUCAGCUUGGAAGUGCUAUUGGGCUUACACUUUCCCCCAUCCUCAUGUCACAGGCAGGCAUAUAUGGUCCAUUUGUGAUUUUUGGAUUGUUCGGCUUUCUCUGGCUUUUAGUUUGGGUAUCAGCAACCUCAAGCUCUCCUGAUCGAAGUCCUCAAAUAUCUAAGUUUGAGCUGAGAUACAUACAGAGCAGGUCAUCAGUACCAUCUCUAUCAAAAAGCCGACCUGAAACAAGAAAAGGCAUUCCUCCUUUUAGAAGUUUGCUCUCUAAGCUGCCCACUUGGUCGCUGAUUGUUGCAAAUGCUAUGCAUAGCUGGGGAUUUUUUGUAAUACUUUCAUGGAUGCCAAUCUACUUCAAGACGAUAUAUCAUGUUGACCUCAGACAUGCUGCUUGGUUUAGUGCUAUUCCAUGGAGUAUGAUGGCUCUCACAGGCUACCUUGCUGGUGUUUUAUCAGAUAUGAUGAUUCAACGUGGCAUUAGUGUCACUUUGACUCGCAAAAUUAUGCAGUCAAUUGGGUUUUUUGGUCCUGGCUUGGCUCUCGUUUGUUUAACAAAUGCAAGAAGUCCAUUUGUAGCAUCUGCCUGGCUUACUGUAGCUGUUGGGCUCAAAGCAUUUAGUCACUGUGGAUUCCUUGUAAACCUUCAGGAAAUUGCCCCACAAUACUCUGGUGUCCUGCAUGGUAUGUCUAACACCGCUGGAACCCUUGCUGCUAUAAUCGGAACUGUUGGUGCUGGUUUUUUCGUGGAAUUAGUAGGCUCCUUCAAAGGAUUUUUGUUGCUCACAUCAUUCCUGUAUUUCUCUGCAGCAGUAUUCUACAUUGUCUACUCUACUGGGGAAAGGGUCAAUUUUGACGAAACUUCUGCUUAGCAGUAGUCAGCUUUUUUAAGUUCUACUUGUUUAGCAUUCUAAUUUUAGAUGACUGUGUGAGAUCUGGAAGCGCUGAAGAGUUAAUGACUGCAUUUUACAGUAGGUAGAUUACUGUUCAUAUUUUGUGUAUAACAAACUGUUGAGCUGACCAUCCCCAGAGACGGGACAGGAUUGUAAAUAUCAGUAAAUUUGGCUAUUUCUGCCAUGAAAAGAGCAAUUUAUUCUCA